AUGUCUCAACAUCCAUCUCGCUCCUCCACCCCCAACCGAAUAUACUCGUCGUCGCGCCUGUCCUCGUCUAGGACUAGCCUCCACCUUCCCAAGGCGUUCCACAGCUCGCCGCAACCGAAGGUCCUCCCCUUCCCAGACCUCCCGGUGCGCCCCGUCAUGAGCAGAGAUCCCUCGCGUGGACCGUCGCCAGUGACCUCGCCUGGUCUCAGCUCGCCCGGGUCUGGUACGGACAGUUUCCCGUUCGGUACUAGCGUCGACACUGCGACCGCCGCCGCGUCGGGCUCGAGUUCUGGCUCCAACAUUCGUUUCGGUCAUACACUCUCUCCCACAGUGUCCGCCAGUCGCUUGAACGCUGGUCACUCGACCCCGCGACCGCUCCGACCCAGAGCCCAGACGGCCUCUGCCAUCACCCCGGCGCGACCAGAGGGCUUCCAGGUCAUCUCGUCGUCGUCGUCUCGUCCGGACACACCGUCAUCGCCCCCUCCCCAACUCACCCACGCCGCACCUCCACCCGUCUCCACAGUUCCGGCUCCGGUCUCAAUCCCCGCAGGCGCUGCUCCGCCCACAGCCCCAAUCCCGAUUCUCACGACAUCGCAGCCCAUGCCACCCCGCCCCUUCGCAGCGCACCCCGCCGUGGCAAGCCCUCCCACUCGAGCUGCGUCGAUUCCUCACGACCCGACGCCUCCACUCGCACCAAGGGAAUCAGUGCGCAUACCUCCGACCAAGAAAGCCUCAUUGCCACCAGACCCUUUACCGGCCAGCAUCCCGGUCACUCCCCCUGCCCCGUCUGGAGCGCUCAUUGACCACCUGUACAGGUCCCUCAAGACCGGGGCCUGCGCAGAUGUGCGUCUGUGGGUGAGGAAAUGGGGUGUGGGGUGGCUGAUCCACAAAAUGGUCCUCGUCCAGGCCGGAUUCUUCCACUCCCUGUUCAUGGGUGGCUUUUCUGAAACGAGACAGCAGAACAAGUCCCAGAUCCCUGGUGACGAGUGGACUGGCGAGGACAUUGAGCUCACCUUUGACGACCCGAACAUCACGCGAGCUGCCUUCGAGAUCUGCUUGCAGCGCCUCUACUCGUCUUACCCUCAGCUGCACUUCCCUGUCAGCUUGCUGCCGACCGCGGCCCAGCCGCUGACGCCCUCGUUCCCGCCUCCGCCCGAGGGCAAGUUCCCCUCGCUCCAGUCGGCAUCGCAGGGAUUGCCCGAGCACACGCAGCUCGUAACGCCCCGUCUCCUGCUCUCGCUCCUCGCGACCGCCACAUACCUUGGUCAGCAGUAUCUGCUUCGCGAGGUUCUCGCGAUCGUCCUUCGCACCGUCUGCCCUCAGACUGUCAACCGCUACCUCUACUUCGCCAUCGGACAUGGCAUCGGAGAAGAAGAGUGGAUCAAUCAGGAUGAGGAGGGAGCACGGGGGAUGGAGAGCGUGGCUAAGACAGUCGCAUCGGGCUUUGUCAACAGCAGUGCCGAUGACUGGAGCAGCAUGGAAGGGAGUGACGAGAGCCGCCCUGGCCGUGUCCCUCGUCUCUCGACUGACUCCAACAGCUCCAGCUACUCUGACGACGGACCCAGUGUCAUGAAGGUGGAGGGAGACUCCAGUGUCAAGUCUGUCACACGAUCAGACUCUGUUAGGUCAACUGCCACUGUUCGACCUGGUCAAAGUGGUCUCGCUGCUCUCAGCACGCCUACUGUGGAGGAGGAAGGUCCCGAGGACUACGUCAUGCCGCACUUCUAUGGCUUCGUCUCGGACCGCAUCGGCGAGGCGUGUGUCUGCUGGCUCGCCCGAUGGGGUAUGGACGUCCUCAGGAUCGAGGAGCAGCUGGCCGAGGUCGACCCGCAGCACGACGGACCCCUCGUGUGGGCCCAGGGAGGUGUUCCCGCCAACUUUGUCGCUGCCGUUCUGUCGUCGGACGCUCUCUUCGUUCCCAACGAGAUUGAGCGCUACCGUAUGACGCGGCGGGUUCUCGAGCUCCGCCGCGCAAGUUGGCAGGCCAUGAUCGAAGAGGAGCAGAGCCGUGCCCCGUCCGUGGUAUCUGAGCCCGAGUCGAUCGAGGGCUGGGACGAGGACGAGCGAGAGCUUGCCAAGGUCUUCGUCGAGGGCAUCUACUACAGCCACAUGGCCGCGCACUGGUCCGCCGCCGAUCUCAAGACGCGCAUCACCUUCGAGAAAGACGAGGACCAGGACGCUGGCGAACUCGGCCUCACGCUCACCUCCAACAACAUCCUGCAGCAGCGCCGCCGUCUUGGACCCCGUGUUCGCGCCGGCAGCAGCCCGUACGCGAUCCACAACACGCUGUCGUUCUCGUCGCUGUCGUCCACGCUCAGCAGCUUCACUCCCGCAGCCACCGACCCGCUCUACCAUCCCGUGCCCUCUGACGACACGACUCGUAUCGGUGCCGGCCGUCUUGUGUUCCUGAACCCGACAACGUCGAACCCGAUCACGGGUCUCACGAACAUGCCGAAUCUCGGACCAGACUGGAACGGCCAGACCGGCAACGGAUCGAGCAAGGACACGGAGACUCCCCCGCAGAAUGAGAAGACGUUCUUCGGCAUCUUGCGCGGUGCUCGCCGCGCGUCCGAGAUCGAGGCUAAGAUUAAGCAGACGCAUGUGCCGCUUGUCGCGAUCCCAGAGGGAAAGCCGAAGGAGGAGAAGUGGUCCAAGCUUGAGCCGUUCCGAUUCUCGGUCGAGUUCUGGGGCGUCGACAAGCUCUCUGAGAAGGAGAGGCUAUACUCGGCCACUCACUUCUAUGCGGGCAGCUACUUCAACGUCUACGUCACUACCACCCGUAAGAAGGACAAGGGUGUGCAGCUGGGCAUCUACCUCCAUCGCCAGUCUACUGCCGAGGCAUUCCCUCCGGUCUGCACGCCCGCUGGCAUCACCGACUCGCCCACGUCUCCUGAGCCGACACAGGCCAACCUACCGGCUGAGGGCCGUGCCGCAUCUCCGAUUGCGCUGCACCCCAUGCCCUCGACGGCAACGCUGCACCAGCCCCCGACUCGACUCGGUCUGUACCGCACCAUGUCGACAAGCCCUCCUACGACUGGUUCUCCGCCUAUGGGCACCUCUCCGCUGCCCGAGAUGGUCGGCGAUCGCGACCCCGGCAACUACCUCGACCCCCGCCGCGUCACCAAGGCGUACUUCUCCAUCUCAUGCGCGUCGGCGCUCGGCACGGCUCUCGUGCGCUUCUCCUCGGCGCCGGACAAGUUUGCGCUCUCGCAGUCAUGGGGCUGGAAGUCGUCCGCCCUCCGCUCGGAGGAGUACCUCUCCGUUCCUUCGCCUAUAGAGAAGGAAGGCGAGAGCUCACUCGGCUGGGUCGGCGACUGUCCCGAGGGCGGCAGCCUGCGCGCUACCGUCGUCGUGGGCAUCAUCUAA